UCCACCCCUCUCUCUCUCUCUCCCUCCGGUUGCUCCCGCUGCGCCUUGUGGGUUCAGAGACACCAGCAAACCGAGAACCGUUGACGAGCAUCGUUAUCCUCGCGCACCAGCAACAAACCCAAAUAGAACCCAAAAGAUGACAUUCUUAACGGUACAGCAGAAACGAACCGUUAUUUGACAACUUCUGACAACCGAUUCUGUCCAUUAGACGCUCCUAGCUGUAAACGCCCCUCGUCUGUCCCCCUCCUGCCCAGUAGCCAUGAUGCUUAGCAGCUCUGUCGAGGUGCCCAGUCCCGGCCACGGCGGCAUGUCCGGUCUCUCUGCGAUGAGGGCGGCAACGGCGGGGAACGUUGUCCGGUCCUCCAGUAUCUCGGGAGCCAUGUACAGCCUGGAGAAGAGCCCCGGGAGCGGCGGCGGGCCGGGAGAGGUGGGAACGCUGGCCGCGAACAAGAAGAGACGAUCCAGCCUUGGAGCAAAGAUGGUGGCCAUCGUGGGGCUGUCGCAGUGGAGCAAGAGCACCCUGCAGCUCAACCAGCAAGAAGAACGAGCGAAGAAGCUGCGCAGUACGAUCCGGCGGAGCACGGAGACGGGCAUCGCUGUGGAGAUGAGGAACCGAGUCACGCGACAGGGCAGCAAGGAGUCCACCGACGGCAGCACCAACUCCAACAGCUCCGACGGAACGUUUAUCUUCCCCCCUACUCGUAUGGGUCCAGAGAGCCAGUUUAGUGAUUUCCUGGAUGGACUAGGCCCCGCCCAGAUCGUAGGCCGACAGACACUAGCCACACCCUCCAUGGGUGACAUCCAUGUGGGUAUGGUGGACAGAGGCCAGCUAGAGGUGGAGGUCAACCGGGCCAGAGGACUGACCCCUAAACCAGGGUCAAAGAACAUCCCAGCGACCUACGUAAAGGUGUAUGUGUUGGAGAACGGGGCGUGUCUGGCAAAGAAGAAGACCAGAGUGGUGAAGAAGACUCUAGACCCCACCUACCAACAGGCCUUGCUGUUUGAAGAGAGUCCUCAGGCCAAAGUCCUACAGGUGAUUGUGUGGGGCGACUAUGGGCGGAUGGACCACAAGUGCUUCAUGGGCAUGGCACAGAUCAUGCUGGAUGACUUGGACCUUGGUGCCAUGGUGAGUGGAUGGUACAAGCUGUUCCCCACCUCGUCUCUGGCUGACCCCAGCAUCGGACCCCUCACACGGCGACUGUCCCAGUCCUCACUGGAGAGCUGUGCCACCAGCCCCUCCUGUACCUAGUCAGAGAGAACUAUAUAGCUACAGUACACACACACACACACACGCACACGCACACACACACGCACACACAAGAAGGG